AUGCGCGACCCUAUCGACCUACCCCCAGAGCUCUUCACAGAGAUAAUAACGCUCGCCCUCCAGCGCCCUCCACCGGCCGAUACAAACACUCAAAACCAUGAUAUAGCACGCGAAUACGACUUCAACUCCGGAACAAACAUCCCGCACCUCUCCCAACUCACUCUGAUAAACCGACAAUGGCACGACCUGCUCCUCCCAACACUCUACGCCCGCUAUACACACAAUGGCGCACGCCACUCGUACACAUCGCUCUGGCGAUUCGUGCGAACGGUCAUCUCGAAUCCGCGAAUCGCGGUGCUGGUGCGCGCACUGAGUAUCGGGAAUUGGGGAUUCUAUCCGGAUGUCAUAGCCCACGAUAACGGUGUUAUUGGGGAUAAUGUUGACUUUACGGAGGGGGAGGUUGAGAUGAUGCGGCGGGCUUUUACUCGGGGUGAUGUGCUGGAAGCGAAGGUGCUUGACCCGGAAAGUUUGGCAGAGAGGGAUUGUCGGCCGUUGGUUGCGCUGUUGCUGGUUUGCCUGUCGAAGGUUGAGACGGUUUAUCUGCAUCUGCCAGAAGAGUGUUCGGUGCUCAGGUGUGUUUUCGAGGAGUUGCUACGGCGGCAGGACGAGGGUGGUGAGCUUCCCUGUCUACGCCAUCUGGUGCAUCUGCAUCUGCUCGCUGAGGUACCGGUCUAUGGGCCCGAGAAAGAUGUUUCUCUGGAGUGGCCUGAGCCAGCGUUACGGCUGGACAAUGUAUGGCCGUGUAUCUACUUCUCCGGGCUGCGCACGCUGGCUCUGUAUAACCUGGAAACAGAGGGGAUUGCCUCGCUCCUGGCAAAGAACCAGGGGCGGAUCUGUCAAGUCGAGAGCUUGAGCAUUGUGGUAAAAUCUACACCGACACGCUCUUCUGCUGAUGUUCUGGCCCUGGUCAAUCUGCCGCAGUCCCUCACAUCGUUCUCAAUAUACUGGGACCACAAUAUACGCAACCACAUUACACGCCAGAGAGACCCGGCCCCAGUUAUAUUAGUCACUGAGCUCUGGGACGCGCUACAGAAGCAUCGAGAGAGUCUGGAGGAGUUAGCAGUCCUCUACAAGGUGCACCAGAACGACGAACCAUUACCAGGCCAUUUCGGUUCUCUGCAGGCAUUUCCACGCCUCAAGCGACUAGACACGCAGCUUAACAUUCUCCUCGACGGCAUGACACCAGACCGGUUCGCGCCAUUCCGAUUGAAAGAUACCAUCCCCGAGAAUCUGGACACCCUAGUCCUGCAUCCCGGCUGGGUCGACGAAAUAGAUCUCGACUUCCCGGACACCGAGUUUCAGGCCCUGGUAUCCGAGCGAAGACGGCCUUUGAAGUGUCUUGUGAUAGAUGAUUACCUAGCAGUGCCGUACUAUACCAAGGCUAAGAUCACUGACGAAGGUGGAGUCCAUGUAGGAAUAGAGCCAAAUGGUCCAGAACCAUAUCCAGGUCUUUGGGAACUGUGUAAACAAGCCGGCACCCAGCUUCACGUCGCAGUUGGCUGUAUUGAUACAUGUUUCGAGGGCCCUUGUGAAUUCCAUCAGGGAGGGGCCUGUCAGUGGCUCUGGCGCAAGACUUGGAAUAUCCGUGUCGAUGGAAUCCAGCGGAACAGAGACAGUGUUGAGCGGCUGCGGAAAAAGAAAUGGACACGCUGA